AUGAAUUUUUAAAGACUCUUGUUAAAUAAUCUAAGUAUUUAGGAAUAGUAGUAAAUCCCUUGGUAAAAAAAUCAUGUGUAAUUCAAGACAUUAAAAACAGUGCUGAAUACAAACAUUUCACAGUUACCAAAAGAAUUUAUGAAAAGGCUGCUAUUGUUUUUAAUUUACAUUUAACCAUAGUUUACUUUUAGUUUAAUACCCUGUGUUAUUUAACACAACAAAAACUAUUAUUAAUGAGAAUGCUUACUAAACAAUAAUCAGAAUGCUUUUAAAAAAGGUAUUAUGAAAUUCUAUAAAAUAUGUGUAAAGAAAAGAAUAAAUCAGGUCUUCUAAAACUAGAAAAAAGAGGAUUAGAAUACCAAAAAUAUUGCAGAUUUACUAACAAUAAAAAGGACAGUUAAUGA